AUGCAGUCGAAAACAUUCUCCGUUCUUUCCUCCUGUUUGCUCCUCAUUGCUACGGUGCAGGGCCAGCUAUCUGGCUCUGUCGGUCCCUCAACCUCCAUUUCGGACAAGAAAGCAGUGAAGACUUGCAAUGUCCUCGACUAUGGCGCAACCAACGACAAUAAAACUGAUGUUGGGCAGCCGAUCAUGAAUGCCUUCGAGGAUUGUGGAUCCGGAGGCGUCAUAUAUAUACCGGAGGGAGACUAUCUCAUACAAGAAUGGGUUUCUCUCAGAAAUGGCACCGCUUUCGCAAUCCAGCUGGACGGGGUAAUCUACCGAAACGGAACCACGACCUCUCAAGGGUAUAUGUUUGGUAUCUCUGGAGGUAGUGACUUUGAGCUGUACAGCAGCACGUCCAAGGGAGCAAUUCAAGGUAGUGGGUAUCUGUAUCAUAUGAAUGGGGAGUUUACGGCACCAAGACUGCUACAUAUAUCUGACGUGUCUCAUUGGUCGGUUCACGAUAUUGCUUUGGUUGACGCACCUAUGUUCCAUUUCGUCAUUGAUGAUGCGAGCAAUGGAGAGGUUUACAAUAUGGCUAUCCGCGGAGGGAACUCCGGUGGUCUUGAUGGAAUUGAUGUGUCUGGGGAUAACAUUUGGAUUCACGAUGUCAUGGUGACAAACAAGGAUGAAUGUGUCACAGUCAAGACCGGCUCCCACAACUUCCAGAUCGAAAACAUAUACUGUAACUGGAGCGGUGGAUGUGCCAUGGACUCCUUGGGCAGUGGAACAAAUGUUAGUAACAUUGUCUAUCGCAAUAUCUAUACGUGGAACUCGAAUCAGAUGUACAUGAUCAAGAGCAAUGGAGGCGACGGUGAAGUGUCAAAUCUUCUGUUUGAAAAUUUCAUUGGACACGGAAAUGCCUAUUCACUUGACCUUGACAGCGAAUGGAGCAGCAUGGAUACCGUUGACGGUGACGAUGGCGAAUCGCGACCGCCAAUUCGGGUCAUUUGCCCAGAAGCCAUACCCUGCACAGAUAUCACCAUUGAGGACGUUGACCUCUGGACAGAAGAGGGGGACUCUGAGACCUAUGUCUGUAAAAAUGCAUUUGGCUCUGGUGCGUGCCUCAAGAGUGAUUCUUCUUCUACCGCUACAUACGCCACUACAACUACAGUGACCUCUGCACCUAGUGGUUAUUCGGCUACGACAAUGGCAGCGGAUUUGACCAGUGCUUUCGGAACUGAUGCAUCUAUCCCCAUCCCCACUAUCCCGACUUCAUUUUACCCCGGAGCGACGCCAUACAGCGCUCUCGCGGGGAGUUCCUGA